AUGAGUGAGAUCGUUGCGCCAGUUUUUGCGCAGUUUUCAUUUCUUAACAGGAUGAAACGUGGCGUGGAGCCGAGUGAGCAGCAGGACGGGGGCGGUACGAGUGAUGCCGUGAAGAAGAAAAGCCUGAAAAAGUCUCAAAAACAGAGGAGGGACGUACACCCCGAGGAAGAAGGAGCGUUGUACUGGGAGUGUCUGCCUCAGGAGAUCCUACUGCACAUCUUUCAGUAUUUACCUCUGCUGGACCGGGCCUAUGCCUCUCAGGUGUGCCGCAGGUGGAACCAAGCCUUCCACAUGCCGGAGCUGUGGCGCUGCUUCGAGUUUGAGUUGAACCAGCCGGCGAGUUCGUACCUGAAGGCCACACACCCAGACCUCAUCAAGCAGAUCAUCAAACGCCACUCCAACCACCUGCAAUACGUCAGCUUCAAGGUGGACAGCAGCCGGGAGUCAGCAGAGGCGGCCUGCGAUAUUCUCUCCCAACUCGUGAACUGUUCUCUGAAAACUCUGGGACUCAUCUCCACAGCUCGACCCAGCUUCAUGGAGCUGCCCAAGUCUCACUUUAUCUCUGCGCUGACCGUGGUUUUCGUAAAUUCCAAGUCGCUCUCCUCCCUUAAGAUCGAUGACACUCCGGUGGACGACCCCUCGCUCAAAGUCCUGGUGGCGAACAACAGUGACACGCUCAAGCUGCUGAAGAUGAGCAGCUGUCCACACGUGUCUCCUGCAGGCAUCCUGUGUGUGGCCGACCAGUGCCACGGGCUCCGAGAGCUGGCUCUGAACUACCACCUGCUGAGUGACGAGCUGCUCAUCGCUCUGUCCUCCGAAAAACACGUCCAUCUGGAACACCUGCGCAUCGACGUCGUGAGCGAGAACCCCGGGCAACAGUUUCACACCAUUAAGAAGAGCAGCUGGGACGCCAUGGUUCGCCACUCCCCCAAGUUCAACUUGGUCAUGUACUUUUUCCUCUACGAGGACGAAUUUGGGCCCUUCUUCCGUGACGAGAUCCCGGUCACGCACCUGUACUUCGGCCGCUCUGUGAGUAAGGACGUCCUGGGCAGGGUGGGACUGACCUGCCCACGCCUGGUGGAGCUGGUGGUGUGCGCGAACGGCCUGAGACCCCUGGACGAAGAGCUGAUCCGCAUCGCCCAGCGCUGCACCCAGCUGUCGGCCAUCGGGCUGGGCGAGUGCGAGGUGUCGUGCAGCGCCUUUGUGGAGUUUGUGAAGAUGUGUGGGGACAGACUGACGCAGCUGUCUAUCAUGGAGGAGGUGCUGGUGCCCGAUCACCGCUACGGGCUCGAUGACAUUCAUUGGGAGGUGUCCAAGCAUCUGGGCCGCGUGUGGUUCCCAGACAUGAUGCCCACGUGGUAG